AUGUCACUUAAAUUUCUAUUUGGUGGAAGAGUAGUCUUUGGUCAGGAUGCAUCAUCUCUUUUUUUGACAACGUUCCUGAUCGGAGGUCCGGCAAUAACAUUCUGCAUAAGAAUGUUAUUAAUAAUGAAGGAGGAAGACACUCUUUAUAACCACCUUGUACUUUUCGGAGGAGUGUUCCUCACAAUUUUGGAUUUUACGUUUCUCUUCAUGACAUCUGGUAGAGAUCCAGGAAUUAUCCCUAGGAAUUCACAACUACCUGAAUCAGAUGAAUCAUGUCACACAAAUUCACAAUCUAUGGAAUGGGUGAACAAUAAAACUCCUAACCUCAAACUACCUAGAGUGAAGGAUGUGAUGGUCAAUGGUCAUACAGUGAAGGUGAAGUUCUGCGAUACUUGCUUGCUAUAUCGUCCACCACGCGCUUCUCAUUGCUCUAUUUGCAAUAACUGUGUUCAAAAGUUUGAUCAUCAUUGCCCUUGGGUUGGUCAAUGUAUUGGAUCACGAAACUAUCCAUUCUUCAUAAUGUUCAUAUCAUCGUCAACCUUGUUGUGCAUAUACGUCUUCUCAUUUUCUUGGGUUAAUCUUCUUGGACAACAAGGUAGAUUGUGGGCAUCCAUGUCAGAAGAUGUCCUAUCGGUUGCUCUCAUUACAUAUUGCUUCAUAGCCGUUUGGUUUGUCGGUGGCCUAACAGUGUUCCAUCUUUACUUGAUUUCCACCAACCAAACAACUUAUGAGAAUUUCCGGUACCGCUACGAUAAGAAGGAAAAUCCAUAUACAAAAGGAAUAGUGGCAAAUUUCAAAGAACUUUCCUGUUCAAAGAUUCCAAAUCCACUGAUCAAUUUCAGAGAAUGGGUUGCAGAAGAGGAUGAUAUGCAAGAUGAAUCCUUUACUUCAGAUCUCGAAAAAGGUUUUAUAAGCUCGAAACAAAAGUUCGACAUGGACAUGGGAGUAUAUGGCAAGGAGGGUAAGAAAGUACCCAAUAUUUUACAAAAUUUGGAUUACAAUGGCAUUGAUGAUCAUCUGAAGAAAAAGAAGAAUGCUCCAUUUGAAAUUUUUGUUCCUGUUGAUCACGAUCUAACAUUUUCCCAAUGGAGAUCCAAAGUCGGAGUCGAUGGUCCAGAUGUGAAGCCAUAGCUCCUUCAGAUAGCAUUUGCUGGUUCUUUAGAGACUAAGAUCCAUUUGGCAUGCUGUUUUCGCUAACGAAUGAGGUGACUUGAGAAAAGGGUAAGGGUAGUGAUUUGAUUUAUAAUGGAAGUUGUAAAGGGAAACAAACAAAUGGUAUGUCUCACAAGGAAAACUCAGAUAUUCAUAUCACAAAGUGGAGAAAAAGUUGACAAGUUACAAAAUUUGGGACAUGUUUCACUUAUCAUUACAGGCAUACAAAUGAGUGAAGGAACUGAAUUAAUGUAUGAUAGUAAAUGCUUGUUCUUUCUUUCUCAUAGUUUUUAGUGUGGAUUGUAGUUCUUGUUUGGUCUGCAAUUCUAACUACGUCGUUAUUUUAGGUAAAAUUCCUUCUAUAUAUCAUGCUUGCUCCUUCAAUUUUUGUGGAAAACGCUUAUUAGAAGAUGUUAAUAUUAAAGC